AUGAAUUUUUAAUGACGACUUGCCCGAAGAAAGGGUCGCUUUCCCGGGCAUGUAAAUUUCAAUAUUGAAGAACUGAUCACACAAUCAACUGUAGAACAAGCCAGCCAAGAUGAACUCCCAGAUUUAUUGCUUCCCUCAGAAAUACGGAUGGAACGCCAUCAAAGGAAUUUCUGCAGAGAGAACUGUGGAACAAGAAAAAUAUCUUAACCAGCCUUCGACAAAGCCCCUUUUCAGAGUGCAGUUAAACAAAGGAGUCCACGACGAAAAGGUCUUGCAAGAGUUGCAUCGUAAAUAUCCCCACCUGGGCAGUCUAGGCGCCAACACAGACCUCGCUGCCAUAAAAUAUGUAUACACCAGUGAAACUUCUGACAAAUUUGGCCCCGAUUUUACCCCAGCCUACCGACAAGGUUCAUCGCCAUGAUCCCAACCAUGAGAAGGAAAGAUGGGACAACAUAAGGAACUUGAUACGCCAUAAUGCUCUGGCAGAGUUUCCCCUGGGGGAGUACCACCAGAAGCUUGAAGCCCAGGAGAACAAGCAUAUGGGGCCUCUCUCCCGUAUGGUCACCUUGACCCACCCCUUCAACCCCUUCACCCAACAAACGGCCUACUGCACGGUGGGCGCACAGGACACCCAGUGACGUCAUUUUGGUGCCUCUUUAACUACUAAGUCAAACCAUAAUGUCUUGAUUAUUAUUAUUGGUCAGUGAAAGAGAUAGUCUCUGGUGUCUCUUUCCCUUAUUUAUUUUAAUUUUGUGUGUGUGUGUGUGUGUAUCUUUAUAUAAUUUAUGUACUUAAAUUUAUUUAUCACUUGCCGGUCAGUCACUUAUUCAGUCAGUCGGGUAAUAAGUCAAUCAGUCAGUCAGUCAGUCAAUCAAUCAAUUAGUUAGU